AUGGAUAGCACUGUUUUGGAUAAUCUGACUCUCUAUCGACAGUUAGUUAGAGGUCUCGUCUACUUGACUGUCACCCGACCAGACAUUGCCUAUCCAGUUCAUGUACUUAGCCAGUUCUUGUCAGCUCCUCGUACUACUCACUAUGCAGCAGUUCUUCGCAUUCUUCGCUACAUCAAAGGCACUCUAUUUCAUGGUCUUUAUUUUUUUGCCCAUUCCUCUUUGUCCCUUCAGGCAUACUCCGAUGCUGAUUGGGCUGGUGAUCCUACUGAUCAUCGUUCUACUACUGGUUACUAUUUGUUUCUUGGCAACGCUCUCAUUUCUUGGCGUGCUAAAAAGCAAACGUUCACUGCCCGCUCAAGCACAGAAGUUGAGUACCGUGCUCUCGCUGACACCACUACUGAGGUUAUCUCGAUUCGUUGGCUUCUCGAAGAUUGUCCAUAA